UUCUGUCGAAUAAAGCACGCAAGAAAAAAAUAGAACACUUAUCUUUUAUUGAUGCAACCAAAUGCAAGUUUCCAUUUCGUCCAAUUGGUCUAUUUCGAUGCCUAUCACGCUUUUUUGCUUUUUUUUCAUGGUUUUCUGGACUCUCUCCGAUUUGACAUUGUCAUGAAAGCGCUGCGAGAGAAAGAGGUUAUCAGAAACGCAUCUAUCAAUUGUCUUGGCCUCAAUCUGCUAACUUACACAGGCUCUCUGGCUGCCUAUUAUUGCUUCUUCUUGCGGUUUGUAACUUGGAUCACCACUCGCUGCGCUUCUUCUCCUAAAGAGCUCCAAGUCGUCAUUUUUCUAAACAAAUUUUAUUUUAUUGUUACAGACACUAUUUUUUGUGUAUUUUGGCUUGUGUUGGUUUACGCGUUCAGUUUCUUGGUGUCAAGUCGGUGGAAUGCGGUCAUUGUCGAUAGUCUUCACAGUACCGGACACGCCUACACUGCUUCAAGCAAGCGAUUUAUUAUUACUAUUUCCGAUGAAAUCCUGUACAUCGCGCGCAUGAUUGCCUUUAUGACUACUAACGCCCUUAUCGGCUUUGUUCCCUAUAUUGGGCCAUAUGCCUCUUUUGUGCUCAAUUGCUGGAUGACUUCCUUUUACUCCUUUGAAGCAGCUUGGAGGAAGAAAAAUUAUCAAAAAACCUCCUCUACUUACUUGAUCUGGUUAGAAAAGGACUGGGCUUAUUUUGCCGGAUUCGGCUUCAUUCUAACACUAUUCACCAUGCGCUUCUCAAUAAUGACAUCCUUGUCGAUAUUCUCAGCAGUAUUCCCGGCAUUUAUCAUCAUGGCUGCCAAUCCAGAGGCUUUCGCCUGGAGAAAGGACAAGCGCUACAUUUAUAAAAUUUUUCCUCAGUCGAUAAAAUUCUUUGAAGUUGCCAGAAACACAACCGAUUACGUAACCAGUGGUCUUUUGAGUCUUUUCAUCAUUUGAAAUGUGAUCCGAAACCUCUUCUGGUAACAGACGCUAAAUUUUCUACAAAUAUUUUUUUAGCCAGAAAUUCAUCAUUUACAUUGUACAGUAUCCAAAAAAAAAAUUAUAAUUUUAUCAUUUUGCAUCUCACUGCUGCUCAUAUGAGGUACGUUUUUUUUUGAAUUAGGCGUGUCUGAACCGCUGCACCAAAAAUGAUGAUUUUUUUUUUUACAGUUAUCCCUGACUGAAAGGCGUGAAUCCUAGUCUCAAAUUGGCCAGAUGCUAUCGAUGAACCGAGCAUUGGUAUUCCAGAACUAUAUUACUUCGGACUGUGAGGGGGGGAAGAACGACACUCCUCAAAAUCAAAAAAUUUACACUUUUUCGAACUUUAUAUCUUUUCUCCUGCGUUCUUUGCACCAUGGAAUGGAUACGCCCUUUGAAGCAGCCUAUAAGUGGUCAAGUACCUAUCGAUUUUUAGGGAUAUUUGUAUUCGACCGAAGUGUUCUUAGCUUGAAUAAAUAUUUCUUUAGGGGCCCUCAAAAAUGCAGGACUGGUUUGCCAGUCUACAAUCUACCUGACGGUUGCCCUUUUUGUGUAAGCGUAAA